AUGGCGUUGAGCUCAGCUACUCGACUUAGCUCUUUCUCCUUCUCGGCGAAGAAGACAAAUCGAAAUCCGAGGAAUCCGUCUCUCUCCCUCACCAUCACCUGCUCAUCAUCCUUCGACGAACCACCAUCUACUCCUAUUCGCGUCUCCUCGAGCUCUUCCCCCAAAGCUCGAUUCGUCGCUCGUCAGAAACAGUCCGUCUCCGUUCGCCAGCUCCAACGACCUCUAAUUGAGUAUAUGAGCUUACCUGCGAGUCAGUACUCAGUGCUGGAUGCGGAGAGGAUUGAGAGAGUUGAUGAUAACACGUUUCGAUGCUACGUUUACACCUUUAAGUUCUUCAACUUUGAAGUCUGCCCUGUGCUGCUUGUUAGGGUCGAAGAACAACCUAAUGGCUGCUGCAUCAAGCUCUUAUCCUGCAAGCUUGAGGGAUCUCCUGUUGUGGUUGCUCAAAAUGACAAAUUUGAUGCUUCUAUGGUGAACCGGGUAUCGUGUGAUGGCACUCAGGAGGGAUCAUCAGAGCAACAGAUUACUUCAGAUGCAGUCAUUGAGGUCAAUAUCGAGAUUCCUUUUGCAUUUAGAGUUUUCCCAGUGGGAGCAAUAGAGGCUACGGGGACACAAGUCCUGGAUCAGAUUCUUAGACUCAUGUUACCACGUUUCUUGUCUCAGGUAUGCAGGGGUAUACAUAUCUAUAUAAUUAGUGACCUUGUAAGAGCUUAUUCUGCAUCAACGUUAGUCCCCUAAGCUCUGUGGCCACUAUGUUUUUAAACUGAACUAUCAUCAUGUAUUACUCUUUCUUCUCGCCAGAGAAAUCUGUUUAGCUUUUGUAAGAUUGGCAUGUUGAUGGUCAAGCAGGUUAAUCAACUUUAACGCAAUUGUUAAAUCUGAUUUUAACUCACGGAAGAAAAUGCAUGAAGGAAGACUAUGAUUCUUGUACCUUUGUGAUCCGCCUUCUGCAAACUCAUAACAACAUUAAUCUUGACAUGUUUUUUUUUAUCGUUUCCAGCUCUCAAAAGACUAUCAAGCAUGGGCUUCCGGAGACACUUCAAGGCAACCUCUUGGGACUGGCGAGAUCUGAUAGUAAAGCAAAAACCCUACCUUACAUGGUUCAGAUAACCUCUACCUCCUGGAGUUUGCAUCUGGACGUUAGCAAAUUCACGAUGUUUUAUAUGUUUUCUUUGGGCAAUAUGAAGACAAAUGAAUUUGUAUUCUCUGGAAUAAACCUUCUCAAUAUAAAUAUUUUGUUUGUUCCACUGUGGGUGAUCAAUGUGUCAAGGUUAAUCCAACCGGAAGUUUCUUAACCGGUUCUGGAUUUGUACCAAAUAUCUGUUUGUUCGAAUGUUGGUAAGCCCGGUUAAAACUGAGCUGGUUCCUAUUCUAAACAGAUUUUGUUUGAUUGGGUCUUUUUCAGAAGAAUUUCAUUUGUCGUCUGUUCUUUGUCAUUUGUUAAUGUGUAAUAUCCACUUGUAUUUAUAAGUCAAGAUACCGACAUAAAAUUUAUAAGUCAAGAUACCGUCA